UGCAGACAAUGAAUGUGGCAAAACCAAAUCAACUGUUAACUAUUUUUCUUCUCUUUGAAAUGUCAGUAUUUGGUCAAUAUGAGAGUGAUGAUUUUGAGGAUGAAUACGAACAUGAAGUAGAUAGUGAAUAUCCAUCUAUUUUUCAUCAAAUUCCUCAUGUAGAAUAUAACAUUCCGUACUCCACCAUACCUGCUGAGUGUGCAAAAGAAUGCUUCUGUCCAUCUACUUUCCCAACAUCCAUGUACUGUGAUCAUCGCAAGCUUCUGACAAUACCAAAAAUUCCUGCUCACAUCCAACAACUUUAUCUGCAGCAUAAUGAGAUUGAAGCUGUGCCUCUGGAAUCCUUUGUUAAUGCCACAGCUUUGAAAGAAAUUAAUCUUAGCCACAACAAAAUCAAGUCUCAUAAGAUUGACAAUGGUGUAUUCGUCAAACUCGCAAACCUCAUACAAUUUCAUUUAGAGUAUAAUCAGCUAGAAGAAAUUCCAUUCCCAUUACCUGGAAGCUUAGAAAGGUUGAUCCUGGGUUUCAAUCAAAUUUCCAAGUCAGACAGCAAAGCCUUGGAAGGUUUAAUACAUUUAACAAUGCUUGACCUCUGUAAUAAUUAUCUUGAGGAUUCCCAGCUCAAAGGAAUAGACUUUUCAAGUAUGAGAAACCUAAUGCAGAUUAACCUUUGUAACAACAAGCUACAGUCUGUGCUUCCAGAUCCACCACCUUCACUGAUGUAUCUUUCACUUGAAAAUAAUUCCAUUUCUUCCAUUCCAGAUAAUUACUUCCACAAGCUUCCAAAUCUUACUGCUUUAAGAAUGUCACACAAUAAUCUUGAAGAAAUUCCUUAUAAUGCUUUUAUGUUCUCUAAUCUUCUGGAACUUAAUCUUGGGCAUAACAAAUUGAAACAAAUUUUCUAUAUUCCAAGAACCCUACAACAUUUAUACUUAGAAGAUAAUGAAAUAGAAGUCAUGAAUGUUACCUUAAUGUGUCCUACUAUUGAUCCGCUGAACCUCAAACAUUUAACUUACAUACGAGUGGACCAAAAUAAGCUUACAGCUCCAAUCAGCACCUAUGCAUUCUUCUGCUUUCCACUUGUGCGCAGCAUUUAUUACGGAGAACAAAAACUUAGCAAAGAUCAGCAAACACAACUGAGAACCCCUGUGUUCCGAAGAUUUCUAACUCCAGAAGAAUUUGAAGAAGCAGAAGAUUUUCAUGAAGAACAAGAUAACAGUCAUGAUCACGAAUCCAGAGAAACUGACAAUAACAACUACCUGGAUCCUUACUUCUAUUAACAAUUUUAAGAGGUAGUAAUACUAUUAAACAAACAAACAAAAAAUAUCAAGUAUAAAAGAAAACAGAAUAACCUGGAAAAUGCAGUAAACCACCUGAAGCCAAUCAAUAUAUUUUGCAUAUAGAAACAAUUUUUACAUAGAAAAUCUCAAUAGCCAUUAAAAUCUUAGAUUUUAGAUCUUCGAACUAUUAAUAGCAGACUAUGAAGACAUUUUAAAUAUCAUAGAAACAUUUAGGUGAAAAAAACAAAUGCCAUGACAAUGUUGUUUGUAUAAUUUAGGCUUGCAGCAAAACCAUUGCAAUAGUAGAUUUAAAAAUCUCUUGGUAUUUCAGUUAUCAAGCAUUAAACCAUUUUAUGGUUUAUGUACGUAGGUAUGUGUGUCUGUG